AUGAUUGCAACAAGAAUAUUUUUAUUUCUUGUCCUGGCUUUAUGUGAUUAUGGUUUGUGUAAAAAAGGUAAACAAACCAAGUCUCAUUAUCCUGCAGCUUUACAGAACAGAUAUUUUGUCUCAAAUGAAGGCUUGGAUUUCAUUUUUGGUAAAGAUUUUAGUCCGAUAUUUGGAUUUGUGAUGUUUAGAAGUAUCGAACAAACCAAAGAUUUUUUCACGGAAUACUAUGUAAAUUCGACAGACUUUAAGAUAUACUACAGCUGUAAAAAGUACGAGGUAUACGAUGAGUUUACAGUCUUUCUGUGGGCGUUUGAACUUCAACUACGCCUUUAUUCUGACCCAGUUCCGUCAAUGUGCGACAUCUGUAUUGGAAAUAUUGUUAGAACAAUUAGAAUAACAGAUACGAUUUCCGGAAAACCAAAUAAAGGAGACUUUUACUAUAACAAAUAA